AUGAUGCCCAUCACAUUUGAACAGCCUGUUCCUGACCCCCCUCAACGACCCCGCCAGCCCCAUCCCAUCCUUCACCACCUGUUCCUGGUACACAAAGUUGUGGUUGUUGGAGUUGGCCUGCCGCACCUCGUCCACCAGGUUCCCGUCCUGCUUUCUCUCUCUGGCCGUGUCCCGCCCGAACAGCAGGAACCGAACGACUGUGAGUGCCACGCUGGCGUGGGCCCCCAUGCGGGACCCAUAGCAGAGGGCCUCCGCAUCGUCCGGUCCCCCGACAAACACGACAGCGACCCUGAACACGGAUUGGGAUUGGCUGUUGAGGAUGGAGGCGGAGCCCGUGAGUACGGCCCGGUCGACGAGGAUGCCAACCGAGCAGGGGGCGCAGUCGAGGACCCUUACGUUCAUGUUCUGCAUGGCUCGGUUUUCAGAGGCGACAGAGCCGUCAAUCUCCCAACGCUUGUGAAAGGGGAGGAUUAG